UAACAUUAUCUUUAUAACGUACCUUGUACGCAAUUUCGGCUGCGGUACCAGCUUCAAGCUCUCUUCAACUACCGACAUUAUCGACGUUUUUCCUUGUCUCUUUCCAUUUUAUAUUGAUACGGCCGCUUUCCAUCAUGUCCGGCUCCCCACAUUCUUCUCUUUCCACGCCGAUUCCACCACCGCGAGCACCUCCUUCUCCUCCAGAAUCGGUCGUCUCUUCAUCUACAGGCUUUCUUAAUCCCAACGCAGGCGAUUUUGUACCAUCUUCUCUACCAAAUUCUCGAUACAAGAUCCAUUCCAACUCUCCAUCUUCUGUAUCUGUACAUUCUUCGCCAGGCUCUUCCUCGACAUCGACCUCAGUUUCGUUGACAUUAGCUCCAUCAAUCUCAACAUUCGCUUCGUUUUCCAGCAAUCCUUCGCUAUCAGAAAUCACGCCUUCGACAACCCAAUCGUCUCGUUCCUCGUACCAUUCGCCGUUGGGCAGCCCUAGCCAGUUCUGGCGCGCUUACAAGCACCGGGACGGGUUGGAGGAAGCAGAGACCGGCUCUUCUGCUUCGGAGGACGCAGGAACGCUUCUCCGCUCACUUCGUAUUGGAAGCCCUUCAGCCACCGCUUCCAUCUCUGACCAUGAGCUGGGCGAGAUCACGGAUGUGACGACGUCCCCCCAUCGAGGUGACCGUGCAUCUCCAUCCGCUCUUCCGUCGUCUCCGGAGGUCUUGCCCGGUGCUCCAUCGAAGAAGGCGAUCUACAUUCCUUUGCCAGACAUCGAAAUUCAUCAAGCGGCUCCGUCUUCAUAUAUGAACAGCACUACGGUAACAGGUAGCGGCUCCGUGCCUGUCCCCUUAGACCAGAAUGUCAAUAGAGAUGAUCUAUACCAAGAUUCCAACAAGACUCCGAACGUGUACAUAAACGGACUACCGCCCAAUUAUCCCGAGGACCAACUCUUCGAGCUUGCUGCACCUUUUGGCCCUGUGAGGAGCGUCAGAAGUUUCACGAGGCACGUAGGGGAGAAGGAGAGUGGAUAUGGGUUUGUUUUAUUCGAGACGAUUGACGCCGCAGAAAAAUGUAUCGAAUCUUUGAGACGCUUCAGGAAUCUGCAUCCAACAUUUUCGAAGCAAGUUCAUAAGAUUCCUGGAACGGCUUACGCCCGGGCCCCGUCUAUCUCCUCCGGUCAUUCAGCCUCCUCUGUUCACGGUGAUGACGAUUCGUUUAAAUCCAAAAUGGAAAGACUUCACGACCCCAAUAGCACAAACCUCUACAUGGAAGGCUUACCAUUGAGCAUUGACGAAUCCUCACUAGGUGCCCUAGUCUCUCCUCAUAGGAUCAAGAGCAGCAGAUUCUUCCAAACAAGGCUCAGUAAUCCUCCGCGAAUCAUAGCCUUUGUGAGACUGGAUACUCGUCUCGGUGCCGAAGAAGUCAUCGAACGUCUGCAUGGACGUAUGGUGAGAGGCUGGAACGACCCCGGGAGCCGGAUUUCCGUUCGUUUUGCCGAUACAUCUGAGCAGCGCGAGUUACGUGACGACGACCAGUCUUCAUCGAGGCUAACUAUUGCCCAAGCUGCUCUCCUGAACCUGCACGGACGAGAACAGUUGCGCUCGCAGGUUCCUUUCACUAUUGGAGGCAGUCGCGGAAACCCUUCCCCCAUCGGCAUUGAUUAUGAUCAGUCCACGUUUGUCAAUCCUCCUUUCCGCGACUUCUCCUCGAAUGCCGCUAUACCAUCUGGAUUUGGCUAUCGAGGCAAUGAUAUACCCAUCAUUUCUAAUACAUCCCUUGCUUCUUCAAGAUUUCCUAUGAGUGGUCGCCUUCAACAGUCACCGUAUGGCCAACUCUCUUCUGCCGCUCAGAGUCAAGAGCUUGCUGCUUUGAUCAAUACUCUUCGUAACAACGGCAGUUAUAGCGGUGCUGAUGAUCAGUUCACGGAUGGACUUGCCCACCAUCGCAGUCUCCCUCAAAUGGCAGGCCUUCGCAGUGCCCUUGGUAACGUCGACAUCAACUUGGGAUACGGUAACCACCCUGUCAUCGGUGGUGGUGUUGCUCAAGCCAGGAAUGGGUUCACCGCAACGGAGGAAUAUAUCUUGCAGGCCCAUGCCGCAGGAAACAAUCUAGCAAACCAGUGUCGUCGCCCAACGGGGUUGGAUCUGUCUCAAAUUCAGGCACAAUGUCAAGGAGAGCCCACCGACUAUAACGUGGGUGUCAGGGGUGUUCGCACAUCAGCUUCCACCAUCUCACGUCCUCAGCUACAGACUCAGCGACAAGACGCAUACCACUCUCCCCGCGUGAUGAACGGUGCUCUCCCUGCGCUACAGGAAGAGUUCCAAUCUUCGUCAGCGAUGCGACAAGGGCAGAACUUUCUACGCGGGCAGACUCGGAAUGGCAACACUCACCAGUCCAACUUGAAUGGCUCUCGUCUACCUGGUGACCGUGACGCUGACCAGAUUCAUUCCCAUGUCUCAUCCUACUCUCAGAACUCCUCUCACGUCCCUUCGCAAUCGUCAAAUCGUAAUCAGCACAUUAACCAGCAGGCUCACGUUCGGUCCUCGACCCUUCCGCACUCUACUUCGACUCCUUCUGCAGAACAACAUCAUUCUCGUCACUAUCAGCACAGCAGCAUGAGUAUUCCAAAAUCGAGGAAUAUCUCCUCGGAAAUUCUACGUGCGACUUCGCAGCGCGUCCAACAACACAGAUACGCAAAUUCUAUCAGCGGCGAAAAUAACGUCCACCCAAACAGCAACCACCUGUUUAGCAACGAUUCUUACACGAGUGACCUGAAAAAUAAUAAUGGUAACUCUGCUAUGCUUCGUCAUCAUCGCAGUAAUAUCCAGGCGGGUGACGACUUCAAGAACGAUUAUGACGCACAUGUAUACCCCCACGGCGUGUUCCCGGACCCUGACCGCGACGUCUAUGACGUCGAGCAGUCAUCCCCGCCUCUUGUUUCGCCCGCCUUGACCUACUCUUCCCGCGGGUCUGGAACUACUCUCAGCCCUACUACGCCGUUUGUUGGUUCGUUCUCGCAGCAGCAAGGUCUGUCUACGGAGGGAGCAUAGUCUUUUCUUAUUUCAUAUAUCGCUAUUACUAUCGCUUGCAUGAAGUUGAGUUUUCCAGGACAUUGUUUAGUAGCUAUUAGCACUGUGUAUCAGCGUACGAAUUACCUCUUUGUUAGUUAGUUAUUUCAAACAGAUUGUAUUAGAAAUUAUUUGUUCCAGUAUUAGCUAUCACAAGUUAUUGAACGGUAAUGGCUCAUAAUAUAUAUGUACAGGUCCCAGCUUUGAGAUGGGUGAUUCGCC